AUGGGACUCAAGAAGAAAGCGCCACCGAAGAAGGCGGCAGCCAAGAAGGCCUUUGCAGAGGCGGCAGCUGACGCUGCGAAGACAGCUGUUGAGACAGUCACCGUGCGGGCCGAAGGCAAGACACCACGCCGCCAUGUGAGCUUCACCGGUGUCGACACAGUGAAGAAGUCAUCGCAGGGUGAAUCCAAAUCGACAGCAGCUGCAGCUGCCGCAAGGCGCGCGGCGACGAGCGGCAUCAUCGAGGCGAAGAAGCGACGCCGCGACGAGGAGAUGGAGGAGGCGGCGGCAGAAGCAGCAGCAAAGGAUGAGGAGGACGAUGACGAGGAGGUGGAGUCGGAAAUCCUCGAUAGCGGCAGCGAAGACGACCUGAGCGAUUUGGCCGACGCCGAUGACGCGAGCGAGGCGAGUGAUGAGGCCGGCUGGGAGAAUCCCUUCGAGAAGGCAAAGCGUGACGGCACGCGACUCGCGUACGAGGCGCUUCGCCUCCGCUUCCUCCCGCCGGAGUUCCAGGAGCCGCAGCUCUUCAAGUUCCUCUCGCAGUUCGGCGCCACGGUGCUGAACUGCUUCUGCGUGCGCAGCCGGCGGACGCACCAGUCGAAGGGCGUCGCGUACGUGCAGUUCGACAACGACGCGGUGCUGCCGGUCGUUGUGGAGGAGUGCCACGGCAUGUCGCUCGGCGGCCGGGCGGUGCAGGCGCACCGCGUCACGCUGCACCGCCCCAUGCCCACGAAGGAGAAGGUCACCCGCCGCCGCCAGCUCGCCUACGCGUAUAAGACACGUGGCGCACCACUGCGGCGGCACGAUGUGCGCAAGAAGAGCCCCAUCGCGAUGCUCAUCAAGUGCGCNCGGGGGGAGAAGGCCAACAAUGAGCACCUGAAGCGUCUCGGCAUUGACUACGCGUCCAGCGGCUUCGCAGAGCAGCUGGCGAAGGUUCCUAAGCACCUCAUCGUCCACAAGAAGAAAAAGAGCAAGAAGAGCGGCGAUCAUGGCGAGGGUGGAAAUGGCGCUGACAAGAAGAAUGGUGUGCAGUCCACUGUCGUCUCGUCGUCAUUGCCAUCUGCUGCUGCUGCUGCCACGGGAAAAGCGAAACAACAAAAAGUGGGAAAAAAGCCGACUGGUGGUAGUGGUGUGAAGACUGCUGUCGCUACUGCUCCUGCUGCUGCUUCUGCUGCACCGCGUGCGGUGGCGAAUAAGCAAAAAGCGGUGACACCUGCUGCUAAGAAGAGCCGCACAGCAUCUAAACGGAGCUAA